AUGCAAGCUUCUUCGCACAGAACAAUAAAAAAUGUCUCGAUCGCAUUUCAAAGGUUAAAUACAAAUCAGCUGGUCACCCUUAUCGUUGACUCAAAACCAUUGUCCGUCUUCUGCCACGUGGAAAAUUUUGGCUGUGGAAGAGGAGGUUGGACACCAGUAAUGAAGAUUGAUGGAAACAAGGUAACUUUUCGUUAUGACUCAGAGUAUUGGGUCGAUAAGAACACCUUCAAACUUGGUGGAGGAAAGACUGGGUUUGAUUCACAGGAAACUAAAUUACCGACGUACUGGAACACACCUUUCUCUAAAAUUUGCCUCGGUAUGAAGAACGGCCAGAACAAAACAUUUAUUGGGAUGAACAAACAGGCCGAGUCUCUGUACUCACUGAUAGCUGAUGGGAAUUACCGCAAUACGUCACUGGGACGUACCACGCGGAAGAACCUGAUUGGUUCAGAUGCAUCUUUGCAACGGAAUUGUAACAUGGAAGGAUUUAAUGCAGUGAGUAAAGAUAGAAAUUUUGCGAAGGCCAGAAUCGGUAUCAUUGGCAACAACGAAGAGAAUUGUGAUUCUAGUGACUCCUGGAUUGGGUUUGGUACAGGAGUGGUUUAUAAUGAAAAUUUAACUUGUGGUAACUAUGCACUAGCCAACCCAGAUAAUGGUGACAAAACCAUAGGCACCAUGGGAUACAUCCUCGUGCAGUGACCCUAGGUUAGGAGAAUCCAACGGAUGUGGAACUUGGACUUUGAUUCACCAUUCUUACAAAUUGUUCUAAAUGACGUCACUAUAGCCAUUUGCACAAAUUACGCCAUACUUAAACUGAAAACAGCUUUCUGAAGAGAAGUGCGAUACCAAAUUUAGUAGUUUAAGGAUUUGUUUCUCCGCUCAGGAUCAUAGCAGAGAUCGAAGAAGUUGCAUUAUCAGGGAUUUUUUGAAGACGUUUUUUUAUGUCAAAUACAGUAACGUUUCGUGGUUCGAAAUUGUUAGAACAUCUAUGGUUACCACAAGCUGCGUAAAAACUGAAAGCUUAUGUAUUCUUUAAAUUGUGUAAAAUUUGAUGCUUUUCAUUAAGACAAUCAAUCAAAUGCGACUGUAAUUCAAAUCAUUCGAUACAGUUUAAAGAUGUGAUAAAUUUGCGAUAUUUGAAAAUAACUCACCUAUGUUUAACCUAAUAGAAAGUGCACGAAAAUUAUAUCGUUAUAACAGUGCAGUCGACAUUUUUGUUUCGUUUACUAGAAACGAAACGAGUUUAUUUUGGCUGCAAGGUGAACUGUUCACUUAGUGGGGUAGAGUGGCUAAUCGAAAUGAAGUUUUUAAUUAAUAAUGUAAACAACUUCAAGCUGGAAAGAAGCUCUGAAAUCUCUGACGAAGGGCUAACGCUCCAAACGUCAGCUUUACAAACUCUUUACGGUGGCUAGUUUCUAUCAUCAACUCAGUUGAUAAAGCCAAAUUAACCUUGAAAAACAAACUUAUGAACACACGAUCUUAAGAGAUCGCAAAAAAUAUAUGAAAUGAUAACAGAAGGAAAGCCAAUGUAUCACAAAUAAAAACUUUUGACGAUUUAGUGAUUUUAAGUUGAUCGAAGCUUUAUCUUUGUCGAGCAAUGCAGUAUUGUCUUUUAAUUGGUAACGUCUUGACAUCGAACCAAGCAAUAAACCAUUGCAACUGAACCUUUAAGUUCAGUGACUUUUACUUGCAUACUGAUAUUACAUGAAAGCGUGUUUACAACAAAAAGUAACUUUCUAAACAUCCUCCAUAACUCGUACACUGUGUAACAGAAUGAGUAUUAUGGGAGGCCUGUGGUCAAGAAGCGAUGUAACAUGUAAACUAUUAGAAAUCAAGAGAUCAAGAGCUGGUAAAUUUCUCCUAGAUAAAUCUUCUAGCUUAAGGAAUAUGCUGCUCUUUUUCCUAACAUGUAGAUGGGAACACCACGACAUAAAUAUAUUCAAGAAUAUCUCUCUGUUAAGUAAAGACUGGCCACCCUUUUUUGUUCGUGUAUUUUGAGUCACCAAACCACAUCUUCGUUCCCAAGGUCCACUCAAUCAAAUGUUUCUUCAUUCGGAUCAUUAUUGAGCUCAUCUUCGUUUCCAUAGUAAUCAAAUCCACG